UAAGGUAGAUAUCUGAAAGUGCAAACAUGAAUGCAGGAGAGACACUCAACUUCAAACCACAAAAAAUCAUUUAGAAACUACAAAAGUACUGAGAGCUGAACAAACAGAGCUUUUAAAUAUAGCUUUCUCUCGUAACACACCACUUGUGUGUGGGGAGUGGAGAUGAGGGGGGUUGUCACAGGUUACUGCGGUUGGCCCUGCCAGCAAGCAGGACGACAGCAAUGCGGCUCGCCACUGCUAAUCCCUGCUGUGAGGCUGAAGUGGAAACACAUUACAUCGCAGGUGUCCCAGUCAGAUUAUCGGCAUCUACUUGGUGCUCUGGAAGAGUUGAAAUCUAUUACAACAACACCUGGGGAACAGUAUGUGAUGAUUACUGGGACUUAAAUAAUGCUAAGGUGGUCUGCAAACAGCUGGACUGUGGGGCGGCUCUAAGUGCCCCUAAAGAGGCCAUCUUUGGUAGAAGAACUGGCCAAAUCUGGCUUGAUGAUGUGCGUUGUUCAGGAAGUGAGACGUCUCUAGCUGAGUGUCAGCACAGAGGAUUUGGGACACACAACUGUAAACACAGUGAGGACGCUGGUGUUGUCUGUGCAGAAGGCCUAACAAAGCCCAACAUCUCCAUGAAUCCUGUCGGUGAGGUGACCUGGGGUCAGAACCUUGACAUCACUUGUUCUAUUUCAACACAAAUUCAACAUUCUUUACCUGGAAACUUCAUAUUGACAAAGACUUCAAGCUCAUUCAGACAGAACCAAACACCAAGUACCAACCUUGCUGCCUUCAGCAUCAAUAAAGUGGAUUUUGAUUAUGAGGGAUUGUACCAGUGUCAGUUUCAAACAAGUGUUUCAGGUCGAGACUUUAGCUCUCCCAUUAGUGACUCCGUCAAGCUCUCUGUUACUGUGAGACUGCAGCAGCCCAGCAUCUCAGUGACAUCCAACACAGGGCUGGUCUCGCGUCCAGAAGGUGUAGAGGUCACUAGGGGUUAUGACUUUCUCAUCACCUGCUCCAUUUCCUCCCACUGUCCCACUGGUGUUUUCUUUCUCAAUCUCUCUGGCUCCAACAUCAUUGAAACCAAGCCAGCCAUCAACCACUCAGCCACCUUUAACUUCCCUGUAGCUGAGUAUGAACACCAGGGACACUACAGUUGUGUCUAUGAAGUCACAUGGUCCACACGGAAAUACACUUCUACACAGUCUACACUGAUUAGUGUCAGCAUUAAAUUGCCGUUGUUGCUGCUGGUGUCCUUAGUAGCUGCUUGGGGUCUGCUGCUGCUCUUGCUGGUUUUGUUGGUGGAUUGUCUGACCCGCUGGAGAAGACAACGAGCCAGACAGCCCGGAGCACUCGUCAUGACUCCAGUGACUGUCAGGAACCAUUGUGAAGAUGAGGAAUACAAGGACGAGGGAGUCUGUGAGAAUAUUGAGCCUGCGGACACCAGGAGGAAGCAGAAAGAGCAAGCAGGAAGAGUAGAGGAAGAGGAGAGUGAGAAUAAUUAUGUAGAAGCUGAGGAGGUUUUUGUUACUGUAGAUGGCAACAGACCAGAAGAAAAUGAUGAAAGUGACUAUGUAGAUGUUACCCAGCCUUUAGCUGAACAAACUGUGGAUAUGUUUGGAGAACAUCAGAAUAUUUAUCAAAAGACUUAGGUGUCUUCAUGUCAGGCUACGUCCUUUCUACACUGUUAUCUAUUUACAUUCUUUGGUCAUAUCAGCAACUAAGCAAGUACAUAGUGUUCAGUGAAUGAAAACCUUUUGAUAUAAUCUGGAAAUAUACCAAGACAAAGGAAAUGAAUGACAACUAACCAGUCAAACGAAUCAGGCAGAUUUCUGUGUUUUUGAAAUGCUGAAUGAUGUUGAAGACAAGACAAGGUGCAACAUG